UGCGUCCCGGCUGUUGCCGAUAAAGUUGUUUGAAGCGGCGCCGGGUCACGUGAGCGGAACAUGGCGGCCUCGGCCAGCGGCGGGGGCUCCGCGGUGUCGGUGCUGGCCCCGAACGGGCGGCGCCACACGGUGAAGGUGACGCCGAGCACGGUGCUCCUGCAGGUGCUGGAGGACACGUGCCGGCGGCAGGACUUCAACCCCAGCGAGUAUGACCUGAAGUUCCAGAGGAACGUGCUUGACCUCUCUCUGCAGUGGAGGUUCGCCAACCUGCCCAACAACGCCAAGCUGGAGAUGGUGCCGGCGUCCCGCAGCCGCGAGGGGCCCGGGAACACGGUCCGCGUCGCGCUGCAGCUGGACGACGGCUCCCGGCUGCAGGGCGCCUUCUGCUCCGGGCAGACCCUGUGGGAGCUCCUCGGCCACUUCGCUCAGACCAGGGCAUGUCUGGAGCAGCCGUGCGAGGCCAGCCCGGUCUGCGUGUACAUGAGGGAUGAGGUGACCGGGAGAGCCGCCUUGCAGAGCACGACGCUGCUGUCCCUGGGCCUCACCGGGGGCAGCGCCAUCAUCAGGUUUGCCAUGAGGUCAUGCGACUCGGCCGCCACGCAGCAGCCCGGGGGCUCCCGGAGCGGGAGCCCGGCCAGCCCCACCCCCUCGCCGGCGGCCGAGCAGGCCAGCGGCCCGCUGCUCCCGGCGGCCUCGGCGGGGCUCGGCCGGGGCGACGUGAGCCGCCGGGACACGGCGGGCCCCUUGGCGGCCGGCAGCGCGGAGGAGCCCCCGGCCAAGCACAUCCCGGAGGAGCCCAGGCCGCCCCCCUUCGUGCCCUUCUCGGGCGGCGGGCAGCGCCUGGGCGGCCCCUGCGGGUCCUCGCGGUGCCUGACCGCCCCGGCCGCCAAGCUGCCCAAGUCCUUCUCCAGCCCCGGAGGCCCCUCCAAGCCCAAGAAGUCGCGGCCCCCGCCGGAGCCGGAGCCGGAGCCGGAGCAGCCGGUGGACCGGGACCCCGUGGUGUGCCACCCGGACCUGGGGGAGCUGCUGCAGGCCUGGCCCGCCGAGCUGCCCGACGAGUUCUUCGAGGUGACGGUGGACGACGUGCGGAGGCGCCUGGCCCAGCUCAAGAGCGAGCGGAAGCGCCUGGAAGAGGCCCCCCUAGUGACCAAGGCCUUCAGGGAGGCCCAGAUGAAGGAGAAGCUGGAGCGAUACCCGAAGGUCGUACUGAGGGUGCUGUUUCCCGACCGCUACAUCCUGCAGGGCUUCUUCCGCCCCAGCGAGACAGUGGGGGACCUGCGGGACUUUGUGAGGAGCCACCUGGGGAACCCUGAGCUGCCCUUCCACCUGUUCAUCACUCCUCCAAAAACCAUCCUGGAGGACCACACGCUGACCCUCUUUCAGGCAAACCUCUUCCCAGCCGCCCUGGUGCACUUCGGGGCCGAGGAGCCAGCAGGUCUCUAUCUGGAGCCCAAGCUGCUGGAACACACCGUCUCCCCAUCAGCAGCCGACGUGCUGGUGACCAGGUGCAUGUCCAGGACCUCCGUGCCCCCGUCCCCGCUGCCAGCCCCUGACCCCGUGCCCCUCGAGUCGGAGGCAGCUGCCGAGGAGGGUGCCAGGGCGCCUCCUGAGCCCAGCCCUGGGACAGUCCAGCCCCUGAGGAGGGACCUGGGCAAAGUGCCCAAAUGGCUAAAGCUGCCAGGUCACAUGUUGCAUUGCAGCCAGCAAGAGGUGAGCCGCCAGCCGGAGGUGCCCAUCGGCCGGGAACAGGACCUCCUCCUCACCCGAGUGCCAAUAAAGACUGAGCAUCUCCUGAGAGACCCUGUUCUUUCUCAGAAAGGGCCGCAGCCCUCGCCCGGCCGCCUCCCUACACUGCCCACCUUCCAGGCUCCUGGGCACGGCCUCCAGCCUGGGACCGGGCAGCCGCAGCCUGGCUGGCCCUCGGCGUGCCAGUCCCUUUGCCGGGCCUGUUCUCCUCGUGGCUUUGCUUCAUUGCCAUCAUCCAUCCCCGCCUCCAGGCCUGGCCUGUGGGCACAGGCCGGCACCUUGCCCUGCCACCCUAGGAUGGGCUGGCAGCCUGGCCUGAAGGGCCCCCCCCCCCCUCCCGGGCACUGGCCCUUCAAGUUUAGGCGCUCCCAUGGGCUCCCAUACUGCCGAGGUGCUGGGAGAGGAUGGAGGAGUGGAGGCUGGGAGGAGUGCAGGACGGGACCAGCAGGCCAAGUGCGGGAUGGAGGGCCAGGAGGGGGGCAGGUCCUGGUGGAGGGGGUAAGCUCUGCCCCAGCCCCUAAUCACUGGACCGAGCCCUCUGGGUGUUCCCGUCCUGGGCACUGUCGAUGCAGCUUUCAGAGUUAAGGGGGGUGGGGGGUG